AUGCAUAGAUUACCAGAGGUGCGUGACAUGGAGUACCACAUCAACGUGGAUCAUGUUACUCUUUCUCAGCCAAUCAAAACUAGACAUGAGGUCAUUCUUGUUCAAGUUAAUCCAGGUGAGACUUUCACAAUAAGAGCGGAGGAUGGAACACUUCAGUGCAUUCAAGGACCUGCUGAAGUUCCCAUGAUGUCACCCAAUGGAUCCAUUCCUCCCAUCCAUGUGCCUCCAGGUUAUAUCUCACAGGUGAUUGAAGACAAUACUGGAGUCCGCCGGGUGGUGGUCACACCCCAGUCUCCUGAGUGUUACCCCCCAAGCUACCCCUCAGCCAUGUCUCCAACCCACCACCUACCCCCCUACCUGACUCACCACCCCCAUUUUAUUCAUAACUCACACACGGCUUACUACCCACCUGUUACUGGACCUGGAGAUAUGCCGCCGCAGUUUUUUCCUCAGCACCAUAUUCCCCCUACAAUAUACGGCGAGCAAGAAAUUAUACCACUCUAUGGAAUGUCAAGCUACAUUACCCGGGAAGACCAGUACAGCAAGCCUCCACACAAAAAACUGAAAGACCGCCAGAUUGACCGCCAGAACCGCCUCAACAGCCCCCCAUCUUCUAUCUACAAAAGCAACUGCACACCCGUGUACAACGGCUACGGGAAGGGCCACAGUGCUGGAGGAGGCGGAGGCAGUGGAGGAGGCAGCGGGGGCGGGCCAGGGAGUAAGAAAACAGAGCGGCGAGCAAGGAGCAGUCCGAAGUCGAAUGAUUCAGAUUUGCAAGAAUAUGAGUUGGAAGUAAAGAGGGUGCAAGACAUUCUUUCAGGAAUAGAGAAACCACAGGUUUCUAAUAUUCAGGCAAGAGCGGUUGUGCUGUCCUGGGCUCCCCCUGUUGGACUUUCAUGUGGACCCCACAGCGGUCUUUCUUUCCCCUACAGCUAUGAGGUCGCCUUAUCCGACAAAGGACGGGACGGAAAGUACAAGAUAAUUUACAGUGGAGAAGAAUUAGAAUGUAACCUGAAAGAUCUCAGACCAGCGACUGAUUAUCAUGUGAGGGCACCAAUUGAUAAUGGUUCAAAAAUCACCAACUACCUUUUAGAAUGGGAUGAGGGGAAAAGAAACAGUGGUUUCAGACAGUGCUUCUUUGGGAGUCAGAAGCACUGCAAGUUGACAAAGCUUUGUCCAGCGAUGGGGUACACGUUCAGGUUGGCUGCUCGGAAUGAUAUCGGCACCAGUGGUUAUAGCCAAGAGGUGGUAUGUUACACAUUAGGAAACAUUCCUCAGAUGCCCUCUGCACCAAGACUUGUUCGAGCUGGAGUCACAUGGGUCACGUUGCAGUGGAAUAAACCCGAAGGCUGUUCACCUGAGGAAGUGGUCACCUACACCUUGGAAAUCCAGGAGGAUGAAAAUGAUAACCUUUUCCACCCAAAAUACACUGGAGAGGACUUAACCUGUACUGUGAAAAAUCUCAAAAGAAGCACACAGUAUAAAUUCAGGCUGACUGCUUCUAAUGUGGAAGGGAAGAGUUGUCCAAGUGAAGUUCUGGUGUGUACGACAAGCCCUGACCGGCCUGGGCCUCCCACAAGACCCCUCAUUAAAGGACCAGUUACAUCUCACGGCUUUAGUGUCAAAUGGGAUCCUCCAAAGGACAGUGGUGGUUCAGAAAUACUCAAGUACUUGCUGGAGAUUACUGAUGGAAAUUCUGAAGCGAGUCAGUGGGAAGUGGCGUACAGUGGAUCGGCUACGGAAUACACUUUCACCCACUUGAAACCAGGCACUUUGUACAAACUCCGGGCAUGCUGCAUCAGUACUGGUGGACACAGUCAGUGUUCUGAAAGUCUCCCUGCUCGCACACUAAGCAUUGCACCAGGUCAGUGUCGACCACCGAGGGUCUUGGGUCGACCAAAGCACAAAGAAGUCCACUUAGAGUGGGAUGUUCCUGCCUCAGAAAGUGGCUGCGACCAGGUCUCGGAGUACAGCGUGGAGAUGACAGAACCUGAGGAUGUAGCUUCCGAGGUGUACCACGGGCCAGAGCUCGAGUGCACCGUUGGCAACCUACUCCCUGGAACCAUGUAUCGUUUCCGGGUGAGGGCUCUGAAUGACGGAGGGUAUGGCCCCUAUUCUGAUGUCUCAGAAAUUACCACUGCUGCUGGGCCUCCUGGACAGUGCAAAGCACCUUGUAUUUCUUUUACACCUGAUGGAUGUGUCCUAGUGAGUUGGGAGAGUCCUGAGAGCUCUGGUGCCGACAUCUCAGGGUACAGGUUGGAAUGGGGAGAAGAUGAAGAAUCCUUAGAACUCAUUUAUCAUGGGCCAGACACCGGCUUUGAGAUCAGGGAUCUUUUGCCCGCUGCACAAUAUUGCUGUAGACUACAGGCUGUCAAUCAAGCUGGAGCAGGACCGUAUAGUGAGCUUGUACUCUGCCAGACACCAGCAUCUGCCCCUGACCCUGUCUCCACUCUCUGUGUCCUGGAAGAGGAGGCCCUCAGUGCCUACCCUGAUUCACCUUUUGUGUGCCUUGUACUGAACUGGGAAGAGCCGUGCAAUAAUGGAUCUGAAAUCCUUGCUUACAAUAUUGAUCUUGGAGACGCUAGCAUCACCGUGGGCAAUACCAGCACCCAUGUCCUAAAAGACCUCCUUCCAGAAACCACCUACCGGAUCAGAAUUCAGGCUGUAAAUGAAAUUGGAGCUGGGCCGUUUAGUCAGUUCAUUAGGGCAAAAACUCGGCCGUUACCACCCUUGCCUCCGAGGCUUGAAUGUGCUGCCGCAGGGCCCCAGAGCCUGAAGCUGAAAUGGGGAGACAGUAACACCAAGACACACGCAGCCGAUGACAUGGUGUACACACUGCAGUUGGAGGACAGAAACAGGAGGUUUAUUUCCAUCUACAGAGGACCCAGCCACACCUACAAAGUCCAGAGACUGACAGAAUUCACAUGCUACUCCUUCAGAAUCCAGGCAUCGAGCGAGGCUGGGGAUGGGCCCUUCUCAGAAACUUAUACCUUCAGCACGACCAAAUGCAUACCCCCCACCAUCAAAGCACCUCGAGUAACACAGUUGGAAGGAAAUUCAUGUGAAAUUUUAUGGGAGACGGUACCACCAAUGAAAGGUGACCCUGUCAACUACAUCCUGCAGGUAUUGGUUGGAAGAGAAUCUGAGUACAAACAGGUAUACAAGGGAGAAGAAGCAACAUUCCAAAUCUCAGGCCUCCAGACCAACACAGACUACCGGUUCCGCGUGUGUGUGUGCCGCCGCUGUUUAGACACCUCUCAGGAGCUAAGCGGAGCGUUCAGCCCCUCUGCAGCUUUUGUAUUACAACGAAGCGAGGUCAUGCUUACAGGGGACACGGGGAGCUCAGACGAUCCCAAAAUGAAGAGCAUGAUGCCUACUGAUGAACAGUUUGCAGCCCUCAUUGUGGUUGGCUUUGCAACUUUGUCCAUUUUAUUUGCCUUUAUAUUACAGUACUUCUUAAUGAAGUAAACAAACCCAACAAAACUAGAGGUAUGAAUUUAAUGCUACACAUUUUAAUACACACAUUUAUUCAGAUACUCCCCUUUUUAAGCCCUUCUGUUCUUUGAUUUAUAUACUUCUCUUGUUUUACAGAUUUAGCUAGAAAAAAAAAAAAAUCAGUGUUUUGGUGCACCUUUUUGAAAUGCAAAACUAGGAAGAGAUUAAACUGGAUUUUUAAAAAAGAAGAAGAAGAAAAGCAAACCAGAUACCAAAAGCUAGCUUUAUGUUUUCUUUUAAAUUUUCAGAUUUGCCUUUAUUCUGUUUUCAUUGAUGUCUUUUGCAAGCCUUUAAUUUUUUUUUUCUUCCAUGUUACGGUUUAGUAAUUUAUAUUCACCAGUCACUUCUUUUGUCUUGAUCAUCUGUCUCUGUGAACAUGAAUCACAGUGUGUGUCCUUACAGGUCUAGGAUUUCAGUGUUGUCAGAGUAUAUUACCACACAACCACAACCGCAACAACAACGUACAGAAGAUGUGUUCACUCAGAUAAGGCUGCCCUAAACGACCAUCACUCAGUUAUUUAACUGUUUAGCUCAUUUAAAUCAAAAAUGUGUACUUUAAAAUGUUUUAAUAAUCUGUAUUUCUUAUGAUUUUUAACACUAUGAGCUGCCUGUCUAAGAAAUCAAGUAACCAAAAUGCACCUAUAAAUUAUGGAACAUUGUCGAUUUUACCCCAGCGAUUCAUAGCAGUAACUUUAAGAGGGCAUUGUGCAAUAGUUGUUUCCUUGUUCAGCUAUUUUAAAAGCUGCUUUAACUUGUUUGUUUGUCUUUGUGUAUAACUACUUCUAAUCUAAUCACUAGAGUUAUUAUAUUCUGUUAUGUUUGACCAGAGUUAUAUGACGAGAACUGGUGACAGUUUAGUGCCUCUGCCCAUUGUCCGUGAUUUACACUAAUUGUGAGCAGUCUUCUUACAUGUCAGCUCAUUGUUUUUGAAAGAUUUGCUGUUAGGCUGUUCUGUGAGGUAUCAAUGAAGUGAUUUGAGUUUCAGUACCUUAAUUCAGUGCACAUCAUCUUAAUUCAACAGCGGAUAAAAACUGAUAAAACCCAAAAGAGAGUUACCUAAUUUGUAGUUCCUAUUUUUGUGGGGUUGACCUGGCCAUGUGUGGAGAGGGAAUGAUAUUUGGUGGUAAGCACAGGGUGUUUGGGGGGUGAAGGAGCCUAGAUUCCCUCCCUGGAUCUGUCACUAACUUGCUGCGUGACCUGAACAUGUCACUUUACCUCUCUGUGCCUCAGUUUCCCAUGCAUUAAAAAUAAAAUGAAAUAAAAUAAAAUGGGGAUUCUAAUGUUUGUAAGUGCUUUGAGAUCCUUGAUCAACAGGUGCUAUUGGAGUGCAAAGUGUUACUCUUGCAUGUUUAUUCUGAGUCAUGAGAUAAUCAAUUUUAACCCAAAGUCAUUGGAUUAUUUAUAUGAAGUCCAUAAUGUUCGCGUACCUCAGGGACAUUUAAGAGUUGGAGGUGCAAAUAUAUUCCAAAAGGGUGCAACAGACACAGUGUAUCCCCCUGCUUCUGUUUUUGUAUAUUUUUGCUACUUGGUUUUUCUUGAUCAUAGCGAUUUUGUGCUUGGUCUAUGUUGUCUUAAGAUGCAGUAUCCUGUACUAGCUUAUAAUAUUCCCAUACCAAAGUCAUGGGGAAACCAACAUUAUUUUGUUUUUGGUUUAUUUAUACUAUAUUCUGCAUACAGUACUUUAAAUGCCAAUUACAGUGCAAUCUUUAUUUAUUGUAAAAUUUUUUAAAUGUACUUAUGUACUAAUUUUCCCUUGUAGCAUGUUAUUUUUUGUGUGUGUUUUAUACUUUUGUAAUUUUAGGUCAGUCUUGUUCCUUGGCAACAGCUGUAGUAUUACCAAUCUUCUGACAUUUUCUUGUGUUUUUAAAAGAUAAGAGCAUCGAGUGCAUUAAAUGCCAAAAAAAAAAAGAAAAAAUCCAUUAUCAGUGAUUAAGACGUUUACAUGUACCCAAAAAACCAUAAUCAUCUCUUGAAAGAAAGCUCUAAGAUCAAUGAAUUAUUCUGUGUGCCUAUAUUGAUGUAGUAAGUACUAGAGAGUUUUGUAUUUUGUUAUUGACUAUAAUAAUUAGUUUAAUUAGCCUUGCAAAGUGAUGGCAUCAAGGUAAAUAUGUUUUUUGCCAAAGUUCUGGCCUUCCAAAACUCAGCCCUCUACUUAAUUGUGCAUUACAACCCACUAUAACAUUGCACCUGCAUUUUCUGAGACCAUCUCAGGCAGGUGUUUUUGGUUUUUUUUUGUGUGUGGGGGAAAGGCAUUAUUUUAAGCAAUGAAGAUUCAACGGAGUACAAAAUCCCUGUUUGCAGGGGGGUAAAGUCCCUUUUUGGAAACACUUCAGAGCUGCUGCUAUAAAGAAAUUCUUGGAAUUGGUUGAAAUGUUUUAAAUGAAAUAAUGCAUUAGGCCAAGAUUGCUAUGAGUACUUUAUCUUUUUUGAGAUUUCCAUCCUGUUGAACCACCGGAAAGCUGAAGUGUGUCACCGACCGGCUGACUGCACUUUAUUUUAUUGUUCUCUGUGAUUUGGUAUUCAUCAUCAUCCCUUUGGUCAAAAAAUUAUUACUCCAUCUGGCACUGUUUUCUAUCACAAAUAUGUAUAUGUGACAUUGAUACACAGCUAUAUAUAUAUAUUGCCAUUACACACGAACAAUAAAAUAAAGUGUUACAUUAACCUUAUCUCUUUGCCCUUUUGCAAUACGUAGGAAUGAGUGUCUGGCUUCCGAUGCUCUGUAUGUCAAACUCAUCCCUGGCACAAGAAAUUCCAGUCAUGUGAAGCAAACCGCCCUUUGUCCUCAAAGAAAUGGUCUCAAAAGAAAACUUUUUUAAAAAGAUUUUUUUCAUAUUAUCUGCCUUGUUCUUAUCAACUUGAAAUGUUGGCAUUUUCUAACUGUGUUUUGUUGGCUACAGUAAAUCAGUAUUCCUGUCAAAAUUGAAAAGUGCCCUAAUUGAAUGUGUUUGAAUGUUAUCCUUGCACAGUUCUUUAAAUUGAAAGACAAAAUGUUUUACCUCACUGUUGGACAUACAUUCCAAGCUUUUCAACUUUAGGAGGAAAAAAAAAAAAUCGUAUGUUUUCCUGUAUUGUAAAUUUUAGACUAUUUCAUAUACAUUGUAUUAAAACUGCCGUAUCAAUUUUAAUGUAUAGAUUUUGCAAAUACUAUGCUAUAUGUAAUACCUAACUGUAUCUGUAGUGUAUAUGUAAUAUAUUUAUGCCCAAUAAAUGUUUUAAUUCUUUCUGA